AUGGAGCCGAAGCCAAAGCGGAUCAAGAUUGAUGUGGCAUGUGAAGCAUGUCGGAGGAGGAAAGUCAAGUGUGAUGGAGCACGCCCAGCGUGCGGCAACUGCUGGAAGAGGACCGAUUUGAGAAACGGCUGCACCUAUACCUCCGAGACCGAGAAGUCGUUCUCAGGUAGUAGUAAACUUGCAGAUGCAAGUCCAGGCAAUCCCGAAAGGGCAAUGCCCAAGAUCGUCCACACGCCCGAGGCCAACUUUGCGCAACCCCUGAUGCCUCCCAUCUCUCGCCCGGCUCCGAGUGCGACGCCUAAGUCGACCACCUCCUCGGGUCCAGACCUCACAAGGCGAGGUCGAGUUGAACGGCACCCCAUCACUCCAUCCGAUGCUAGCCCUUCAGUUGUUGAUUCCAUGACCACGGUCCGCGAGGAUGGCAUGGUGACUGGCGAGUACUUUGGCAGUAGUAGUGCUGGGUCUUUCACAAACCAGAUCAAAGCUGCCAUUGAUGCGAGGCUGGGCUCCUCGACAGAGAAUAGGGGUGUGAGAAGCUCUCUUUUCCGUUCGACACUUCCUCUCAAUGGUUCUGGUGCGGGAGGACAAGCCGAUUAUGUCCUGCCAGCCCGUAAGCAAGCUGAUCACUUGACCGAUCUCUACUGGUACUACGUUGAUCCGUUGUAUCCCUUCCUGGACCGACAGAGAUUCGAGCAUUCUUAUCGAGCGCUGUUUGCUGGUACCUCCCUCGAUGCCGAUGAACGAAUCUUUGUGAGCAUCCUCAACAUCAUAUUCGCACUUUCCACGCAGUUGAUCGAGUCACUGCCUCCGGAUCAGAGGGAUUCCUCCAGCCAGGAAUAUUUCACUCGCGCACAGAACUUACUACAGCUGAGCCUUUGGGACACUGGCUCCAUCGAGCUGAUUCAGUGUCUGUUAAUUAUGAGCCAGUAUCUCCAAAGUACAAAUAAUCCUCACCAGACGUGGAUGAUUGUCGGGUCUGCCGUGAGGAUCGCUCAGGGCCUUGGCCUACAUUUGCCAGAGACGGCAUCGGAGCUCUCGAAUGAGCCCGAAAGAGAUCUCGUGAAGAGAAUUUGGCAUGGAUGUAUCCUGAUGGAUCGAAUGAUUGCCAUCACACAUGGACGCCCGGCGAUGAUCUCAGAUCAAUUAGCGUUAAGUGUGGUACUACCUUCGAUCCCGGAUACCAACGUCACCAGCGUCGACGAAGUACAGCUAGGUGCCGUUCAGCUUCACAAGCUUCGGUAUCAGGCCUUUUUCCAUAAGUCGCUCGAGCUCUACGAGGUUAUCAACCACGCAGUCCUCGCGUUUUACUCGUCAACAUCGCCGCUUAAGUCGCCUACCUACCCCAACGGCACUGGAAGCAAGACUCAGCGCUCCUUGGAUAGGACAGAGCUAGAUCUUGGGAAAGCUCUACAGCUUGAUCAGCGCUUGACGAAAUGGGAGAAGAGCUUGCCCAGCUUCUUGACUAUGGCCGAGCCUGAGACUACUCUGGACGAGGUCUUCCGCAGGCAGGCGGUAAUCCUGCGUAUCAGGCUCCUUCAUGCACGCAUGCUGCUCCUCAGGCCUAUGCUCACUCGAUUCUGCCUUUCUCAGUGCCCGGAAACCUCCCAGGUCCAUGAUGACCUCUCAUCUCGCGUCGCUCAGCAGUGCGCCAUGGUCUGCGUAGAAGCCGCGCAAAGUCUCAUCUCCUUCAUCGUACAAUUCCAACAACACGAUGGCACCCUCGGCCUACUCCCAGCCUGGUGGUACCGUGUCUUCUAUAUCUACACAGCCGCAACUGUGCUCAUAGCAGCAAGACUACGACCCGCGGUCUUUUCUUCGCUCGACAUCUCUCGCUCGUGGAAUCAAGCGAUGGCUCUGCUCCAUGACCACGAGAACCUAGGGCCUUCUCCGCGGAGAUGUGCCGCGGCGCUUCAGAUCCUCUCAACCAAGAUGUUCCAGGAUCAACAACCUCAAUCAGCUGCUCUCCCAAGCGCGGAUACCAGUGCAGCGGUGCCCAACAUCACCAAUGAGCAACAGGAGACCUUUGAUAUGCCUUUCCCUUACUUGGCGCAGGAUGCAGCAUUCGACAUGGACGCAAUCACGUUCGACAUCAAUGACUUCUCUUGGCUUAAUAGUAUGCCUGGAAGUUUAUAA